CGAGCGAGCAACAGGAGGUUGCUACGUUUGCUUGCAGCGGCGGUCAACUCGUUUAACUUUUCAUUCGAUUUUAUAUAAUAUUCGAGCGUACUUCUAUGUGAUUAGUGCGAUUACAAAUAAUUCAUAUUUCGCGAUUCGUAAUUCCGUUGUCGCGCAGUUUCCGUUACCGUUACCGUGGUCUCCCGUUACCGUCGUCUUAUUCGUUGCAAUUCCAAUCGAAAUUGUCGUACUUUCUUCAAAAUUCUAUUACUUAUUAUCGUAUUUUUGUUUCAUCAUCCGUUGUGCUUUAAAGUAGUUCCGACGACCACAACCACGACCACGACGACGACGACUGUGACGCCAACACCGACGCGUUACUCGCGUGUGACUUGUGAAUCUUUCGGUACCACCUCGUGUUUCUCGUGCUUAUUGCGUGCUUUUUAAACUAGGAAAAAUAAAGAACUAAACAAAAUAAAAUAUCUAAAAUAUUCUUCUACCUUUUGUGAACGCGAGUGUAUAAAAGAUUUUUCUAAAUUACUUUUCCAAAAGAAAAUAAAAGAAUCAGAACUAUGGAAAAAGGUUUCGGCAUGACUUGACACUAGUGAAAUAUGUGCAUUCCUCUCUUAUUUCAAUAGGAAAAAUUGUUAGAAUAUCUGAAACUACAAAGAAAAUAUACAAAGGAAAUAUACAUAGAGGGAGUAAAUAAAGUCUACAAAAUUUCAAUAUUCUUUAAGGAAUUUCUUUACCUGUGUUGCACACAAAAAAAUAUUAUCCCAAACGGAAUGUCCGAUCUAGAAAAGAAGAAGAAGAGUUUUCGUUAGCAACCACGUAUUAUCGUUCAUCGAAUUAACAAAUUUACGAAAGAAAAAACGACGCCAGUGGACACUAUCAUCCGCUGAGAUGUGAUCCGAAUACCGCAGAAACACUCGGUAGUUUGUAGUUAAUCCCCACCCCCCUACCUCCUCCCGUCCCCUUGGUCCCCGUCCCCUGACCCCACCACCCACACGACUUAUCACCUACUACCUCGCACUCUCUUUUUCGCUCUUCCUUUCUCGUACACACCUCUACUACCCUUAUUUCUUUAUUCCCUUUGAUCCUUUCCUUCUCAAAUAAUUUCGUCGAAUUAUCUUUUUGCACUGCAAAACGAUAAUCUUUCGUAAUUGUAAUCUCAGCGAUGCCGCAACGUGUUUAACGCUCGGUUCGAUUUUGGUGUUUUUCUUCUUCUUCUUCUUCUUCCUCUUCUUCUUCUUUUGGUCUUCUUCAAAUGCAACUUGAACGAAUGUUUCUUCUUAUUCUUUCUCUUUCUACUACUAACGACGUGCCAUAUACACAUAGGAACCUGUGAUACGCUAUCUCAUGCCAAGAAGUACUCCUAGAUAUCUAGUCGAAGAUUAGCCGGAAUCGCGACUAGAGGAAGACGGACGAGGAGAAAGGAAAAUAAGAAAAGGAACAAUAAAAAGUAAAAGAUCGAGAGACGCUUUCGAUAGUGAACGACGAACUAAAAAAGAUCGGAUCGGAGAACAUACAGGACGUCACGAUACGACGUGGAAAAAAAAUCAGAAGAGAGUGCGGGAGAAUGUCCACGUGCACCGACGAAGGUGACACUGCACCCCUGGACAUGCAGGAGGCUCUGUCUCCGGUGCAGGAGGGACCUGUGUCGCCGGCAUCCUCUUCCUUAAGCAAUCAAAAUCAAAACGAGAACGAUCAGCAAGUUUUACUUGCGACGAUGCAACCGGUGAACGUGUUAGACUUGCACGAACCACCGCCGGUGCAUUCAUUACAUCCUAAGUAUCAUCAUCAUCAUCAUCAUCGUCAUCAUCAUCAUCAUCAUCAUCACCAGCAACAGCAGCAGCAACAACAGCAGCAUCAGCAACAGCAACACAUAAGCGGAGAUCCGGAGGACGUGCAGCAACGUGGAACGAGCGGAACGGACGAUCCAGACGGUAGAGUGACACCGGGAACAGAAACGUCUGGUGGAAAUCCAACGUUGGCCGUCGGAGAACAUAAAAUGAUCGAUUUAAUUUACAACGAUGGGCAAAAGACAGUGAUGUACACCCACGACAAAGAAAUCAUAUACGAGAACGAAGCUGAUCGAGUACAAGUAGUCGAGUAUCCACCACCUCCACCCUCUCCUCCUUCACCCUCGCCACCCUCGGUCGUAAGUAGAACCGGACUUUUACCACCGGGUUGUGUUGCACCAAGAACAAGUGGUGCAACCGCAGCGGCACUUCACCUCCAUCACUAUCCUCAAUUGCAACUGCAACACGAGGACGAUUUACCGAGCGUUCGGCACACGGUAACUGCCACCGCGCCAAAUUGUGGAACCGCUACCACCACAACGACCGUUCUUGUCCUUUCCGAGCUGGUUGCCGCCGAUCCAGCAGCCGGUGCUGCUGCCGCCCAGCAACUCACACUCACGGCAGCUGCCGCUGCAGCUUCUUUAAGGGCAGGACGGCGAAGUCGAAGCGAGGAAGAAACGAACGGCAGUGUUACCGUCGGCGACGAGUCUCAACAACAACAACAACAGCAGCAACAACAGCAAGGCUACGUACCCCAACGAGAAAGUCAAGAGGAGGAGGAAGAAUUAGCAGCGGAGGAGGCUGCCGCGGCCCAGGCUGCGGCUCAGGCUGCGGCUCAAGCUGCGGCACAAGCUGCGGCUCAGUCCCUUCAGAGUGGAAACGAGGAGGCUGAUCCGGAAGUUCACAAGAGAAUAACUGCAGUGCAGGUGCAGGUGCAGGGUAUGGAGGGCGAUUGGCGCGCCUAUUGCGAGCAUCCGCUCUCCGUUGCGACCGCGGCAAUGCUAAAUCUCCAACAACAGCACCAGGUCUCGACUGUUGCAAACCAUGGAGACGAUCCAUCUUCUCCUUACGUUUACGAGUACUACAAGAUACCAGAUAAAACUACCACCGAUGUCAAACUACCCCCGACGCACGAGCUUUGGUCCACGGGUGUGAUGGGCCAGAAGCUGCUGGUGCAGGAGGCGCCUGGCUCCGGUUCCAGUUCGACAAAUCGUAUGGAAGGCGGCGAAGGCGCAGGAGGAGGGGAACUCCAUCAUUUCCUCCACCAGUACAACCAGCAGUCUCACAGUCCUGGCCAGAGUCUACAGGGUGGGCUUCCUCUUCCAUUGAGCCCGCAGUCCCUCCGACACGACGGUUCCUCCAGUACUGGCAUUACCGGGGUCAAGAGGGAACCUGAGGAUCUCAGUUCCUCUCGCGGAGCUCAACAAUCCAGCAAACGUCACAAACAGACACAACCGGACAGUCCCACGCCGCCGGGAAUGUACCAUCAUCAUCAACAUCAGCUACAGGUGCAACAAUACGGAAGUCCGUACGAUCCGUAUACCUCGUGCAGUCCAAGAUUGCAGUCAACUGCAUACACUUCGACGUCCGGAACGAGUGGAACAAAUAACGCGAAUGCUAGUGGCAUUCACCAGGAAACAACAGCUGUAUACGUAACGGGAGACGCUCUUCCACCUCUAGCAUCUUCAAACUCCUCCUCGUUAUCGACGAGCACAGCCUCCUACACAAGAUACGAGGUAGUACCCAGUUCUUACGCGACGACGCACGCGAUACGUUCCUCCUCGAGCAGCAGUAAAGUUCUCACCGUCGAUUUACCGAGUCCUGAUUCUGGGAUCGGUGCCGACGCUGUUACGCCUAGGCAAGAUCAUCACGCACCUACGACCCUCCAUCAGUCGUCCUUCGAUUAUACGGAACUGUGCCCCGGAGGAACGGCAACUGGUUCAGCGGUUGUUCUCGAGAACGGUGCCGUGAUACAUCACCAACCUCUUCAACUGCAGUUGCAACAGAGCCAUGCGCAAGCACAGGUGCAACGUGGUGGUCUCGUCGCAGCAAGUACCCCCAAUCCUACCACUAAUCCGAAUCCACCUAGGUCAAGGCCUUGGCACGAUUUUGGAAGACAGAACGAUGCCGACAAGAUACAGAUACCAAAGAUCUUCUCGGCGUACGGUUUCAAAUAUCAUCUGGAGUCUCCUAUCAGCACUUCUCAAAGACGCGAGGAUGACAGAAUAACGUACAUCAAUAAGGGUCAAUUCUAUGGCAUUUCGCUGGACUACGUACCGGAUCCAGACAAACCGCUUCUUAAAUCGGGACAAACGGUUAAGAGCGUGGUUAUGCUGAUGUUCCGGGAAGAAAAAAGUCCCGAAGACGAAAUAAAAGCAUGGCAAUUCUGGCAUGGAAGACAACACUCCGUAAAACAACGUAUUCUCGAUGCUGACACGAAGAACAGUGUGGGUUUAGUGGGUUGUAUAGAAGAAGUCGCGCACAACGCGAUUGCUGUUUACUGGAACCCCUUGGAAUCUUCGGCGAAAAUAAAUGUAGCCGUGCAGUGUCUAAGUACAGACUUUUCCAGUCAGAAAGGUGUAAAAGGCUUGCCACUACAUAUUCAAGUAGACACGUACGAGGAACCACCACCACACGCUCACACUUACACACCACCUUCGCAUCGUGGUUAUUGUCAAAUCAAAGUUUUUUGCGAUAAGGGUGCGGAAAGGAAAACUCGUGACGAGGAAAGAAGAGCAGCUAAAAGAAAAAUGACGGCAACGGGUAGGAAAAAACUCGACGAACUUUAUCAUUCCGUCACUGAACGUAGCGAAUUUUAUUCUAUGGUAGAUCUCCAUAAACCACCCGUAUUAUUUUCACCACCGGCCGAGCAUACAAUAGAAAAGUUCUCGACGAUGGAAUUGUCUAGUUUCUACGGAGGCGGUGGCGGCGGUGGAGGUGGUGAUACCGACACCUCGUCGCUGAGUAACGGCGAGGGCGGAGGAUUGAAGGCUGGGGGUAGCAGCCCAUAUCCGUGUGGCAGACCAAGCCUGCCAGCCUUGAAGUUCCACAACCACUUUCCGCCCGACAAUCUCAGUAAUCUACACGACAAGAAGGACUCCUUAUUGAUGCAGGUGCAGGAACUCCAAGGUUCGGUGCUCCAGGGUGUACAACAGGCUGGAUUAGCUGGUACCGUAGUUUCAAGUGUCGGUAAUCGCCUGCACCUGCAGCAACAACCAUCGCAUUUGCGUCCAGCCGAUGCCGAGGAACGCGUAAUGCUCUACGUUCGUCAAGAAUCCGAAGACGUUUACACCCCUCUUCAUGUAACACCACCGACCGUUCAAGGACUGCUAAAUGCUAUUGAGUCAAAGUACAAAAUUGCAUCCUCGAGUAUUAAUAACCUCUAUCGCAAAAACACAAAGGGCAUUACGGCGAAAAUUGAUGACGACAUGAUCAGAUUUUACGUGGACGAAGAUUUAUUCCUUUUGGAAGUGAGUCAUUCGAGAUUGACCAGCGACUCAGAAAGAAAUGCAACAAAUCCUGGCUCCCCUAGUGAUCCAAACGAUCCCGGUGAUGCACCCUCGAGUGGUUAUGACGUGACGCUCAUCGAACUACCAUCGUCGCCACCUCAUCUCGCUCAUUCACCCCUCGCCAAUUCGACCCACGCGCAUACACACGGGCACGUUCACGAAAGUGGAAACACGUGAGAAUGGAAACUAAAAUAUGGUGGGCACACUAAACCUUUUGACAUGUAAAUAAUAAAAUGCGUUAAGUCAAUUAUAAAAGAUAAUUUAAGUUCUCCGAAGAGUUAUCCUAUAAGUUAUGCGAUAAUUAGGAGAAUGUUAAAUCGAUCUCUACUGGUGUGAAAUACCGAACUAGUUGGAACGUUCGUUUUUUCUAGUUUUUCUAUGAAAUCAAGAAUAAUAGCUCGAUUGUCAUAUUUUAAGCCCUUACGUCAAUCAAUCGUACUUCAAAAUCUAUCAAAAGCGGCGGAAUGACUUUUAAGCGGUGUAUAUACGCUGAUGGCAAACCUCCAAACUGAUUGCAUUCUCAAAUGUUGUACUUCGGCUUGCUCGAGAUAUAUCUACAAAUCAAAAUCAUCGCGAUUAUUAUUCUUUAAUAAUUAUUAUGCAUAAAAAGAAGUUCAACUGUCGGUAGUCACAAUGGUAUUAACAUGACUGUCUGUAAUAACAAUUCGAAGAUAUAAUGAAAUUGUCAAUUUAGUGUUUAACUUCUUUUUUUGUAAACAUUUGCCAUUUGCUAUAUGUUACCGAAAAAAAAUCACAAUUAAGGUUAUUGCUUCGUAAAGGGUUAAUCUCAAAUAUUUCAAAUGUCUUCAAUCUCAUUACGAACGAGUAAACAAAAAAGACAUUUUAAUAAAGAUAUGUUAGAUGGGAAACGUGUAGGAUUCGUGGAACAAUUAGACCGUUGCAUCACUUCAAGAAUUCCUUUUUAUUUGGAAUGAAGGUGCUUACUUGUUUACUCGUUAGAAUUAGAAGAAUAAGAAGAAGAAGAAGAAGAAAAAAAGAAGACAAGUAUAUAUAUAUGCUGCGAUUUACCAUAAAUAUCCACAAAGCGAAAUUAAAAUCUUUAGUAUCAGAGAAAUGAAUGAGUAGAAACAUAUUUGUAGAUUGUAAGAGAAUCGUCUGUUUUAGAUAAUAGAAACAUAUCAUUGUUCGCAACGAUUGUCAAAUGUAAAUCAAACAAAUUUGAUUUAAGAGGAACUGCAAAGUAUGUUAAGUGUACGUGUAUCUGACUUAUAUUUCUGUAUGAGAUUCUUUUUCUUUCCUUUAAUUUUUUCUUUAAUUUUUGUCUUUCUUUAAUUCUAUAGUAGAGCUUAAAUUUUGUUUAUUUUAUAUUAUGUCGCAAAAUGAGAUUUUAUAAGAAUGGGAGAUGAAGAUAAAACAACAAAUCUUUGACCAAGUUCAAUUUGAACUUAUAAUCAAUUUCUAUCAAAUUAUUAAAGAUAUCGGAAAGUUUAAUCAUUAUAAAAUAGUUGAAACUUUGAAUGACGACAAUAAAAAUAACUACACACACAAUUUUAUUUUAAUGACUGAAAUAAAAAUGCCAAUGGGCAGGAUAUGUUCUGAAGUAAAUAGAUGAACGGUAAUCUACAAAAAUUUGACAUUGGAACCUAAGGGGAACAAUAACUAAAUUUUCUAGUUAGAAAAUAAGGAAAAACAUAUGUCUAGAAAAAGACUAACAACGACUAGAAAAGAAAAGAAAAGGAAAAGGAAGAAGAAUAACGUCAUUUUCUAAUUAUCAAAAUUUCCGAUGAUAUUUUCUUAUAUUUUUGGAACAAGGAAAAACUUUCCGAUAUACCUAAUAAUGUUUUUUCCCAUCGACAAAAAUAUUUCAAUUAAAAAAUCAUUAGUGCAUGACCGUAGAUCUUUUAAAAUUUGUGUUCUUUCCAUUAAUCAUACUAAAGUAAGAAUGUUGACGUUAUAUUUUAUUAGUUAAAGUUUUUACCAUCAUUUCUACAAUAAUUUUAAUCAUUGUUGAAGAUAUUUUAUAGAUAACAAAGUUUUUAAUCGUUUCAAUGCUUUAUUAUGCAUUAAAAUGACGAACAAUCGAAAUUCUUCAAAGUCUGAAAACUAUAACAAUGUAUUAAUAAUUAAAUCACAUUUUGCGCUUACCAUUUGCCAUUUUUUUGUCCUGUAUUAAUAAUAAAAUUCAAACGAAGCGUAACGUAUCUAACGAGAAUUCAUUUGAAUUAAAUCAAUAGACAUCGAAUAAAAUAUUAUAUGAAUCAAAUAUAAUAGUGUGUGUGUGUAUAUUAUAUUAUAUUAUAAUAUAUAAUAUUAUAUAAUAUAAUAUAUUAUAAAAUAUACCGCCAAUGUGGAUAAAAAGGAACAAGAAAGAAAUUGUUUGCCACCACAAACAAAGAAGAGAAUAUUAAAAUGUUAUUACCAUAAGAUCGUCCGUUCGCUUUUUAAUGUGUAUGCGUGUGAGUUUGUGUGUCUAUUAUACACAUCGCAUACGCUCUCUUGUUAUUCGUUAUAAGAUCGUUAUAUAGAAUAGAUUAAAAAAAUAUCAACACCACGACAUUUAUAUUGUUUUUGCGUUUAAUCAUACGUAUUGUCGAUACCGAUAUCAAAGCAACGAUCAAAAUACGCUUGUAAAAUGCAUAUUAUUAUUGAGUACUAUAUUUUGUUACAUCUAUCGCUACAUAGGCUAAUAAUAAUAUUAUUAUUAUUAUUAUUAUUAUUAUUAUUAUUAUUAUUAUUAUUGAUUCUAUUAAUUUUAAAGAUAUACAAUACGUAUAAUAUUAUUUUUAUACGAGAAUGUAUAAUCAUAUGGAAUGCAAAAAAAGGUUCGUUCAAAUAAUAAAAAGUGAGAAACAGAAAUUAUAGAAAAUGCGCACGUGCGUGAUUAUAUGUGUGUGUGUGUGUGUGUGCGUGCGUGCAUGUGAGUAGUAUGCUUGCGUAUGAAUAGUAUAUGAUUGAGAAAUGAAAAUGAUAUAAAAAGAAAACGAUUGCGUACGUAUGCAAAUAUGUCAAUGAAGAAGUUGGUAAAACAUUUUUGUUUCUUUUAAUUAUAAUUGUUAGCGUUGCUCCAUGACAUUUUUAUAAAUAAUAAUAAUAUCAAAGCCGUUUUUUAUCCCCCAAACGCAGCCAUCAUCACCUUUACCCUUAAGCUCCCUUCCGCCUGUUGGUCGUUCAUUUACGAAAAGAAAAAACCGUUCUGACGCAUCUUUCUUUCGGAUACGAACGGCUGUGUCGAUGAGCUAUUUUAUUAUUAUUAUUAUUUUAUUAUUAUUAUUAUUAUUAUUAUUAUUAUUAUUAUUAUUAUUAUUAUUAUUAUUAUUAUUAUUAUUAUAUCAUCUCUUUGUAAUACUUAUAAUUAUAAUUAUUAUUUCCCUACGUUACGAAGGAUAAAGACAUGUUAAAGCUACGAUGAGACUACGAAUUUGAAAGAAAAUCUAUUUAAUUGGUUGAAAUUUUUCUAUUUUAAAUCACGUAAAAACACAUUUUUU